AUCUGUCCCGUUGCCAUAUAAAAUCGAAAAUUUUGCGAAAUGCAUCAACCCCGCCAGCUCUUCCAGUCAACAUCUCCCAGCUCCUCACAAACUUUCAGACCUGUCACGGUCUCUAUUUACUUGGUACCAACACAAAACUCUUUACUGAUUUUUGUUUCCAAUUUGUAAUAAUGGGUUUCGCCGACCUUCUCAGUGAUGCUGGUGUCACCAUGCUUAACAGCUGGUUGAUUACCCGAUCCUACAUUGCCCCCAGCAGCUACGCCCCUACUCAGGCCGAUGUCGCUGUCUUCAAGGCUAUCAAAUCUUCCCCUGACGCGGCGAAGUACCCUCAUGCCGCAAGAUGGUUCAAGCACGUCGCCUCGUUCGAGGAUGACUUUGCUACCCUCCCUGGCGAUGCCACCAAGCCCUACUCCGCCUACGGUCCCGAGGAGACCGCUGCCACCUUGAACCCUGCCAAGGCUCCAGCCAACGACGACGAUGAUGACGACCUCGACCUCUUCGGCAGCGAUGACGAGGAGGAAGAUCAGGAGGCCGCCAAGAUCCGCGAGGAGAACUUGGCCAAGUACAGAGAGAAGAAGGCGACCAAGCCCAAGGUCAUCGCCAAGUCUAUCGUCACCCUGGACGUAAAGCCCUGGGAUGAUGAGACCGACAUGGUAGCGCUCGAGAAGGCUGUCCGCAGCAUCGAGAAGGACGGUCUGGUUUGGGGUGGCUCCCAGCUGAUUCCCAUCGGCUACGGUAUCAGGAAGCUGCAGAUCAACAUAGUUGUUGAGGACGAGAAGAUCUCGAUGGAUGAUCUGUCAGAGGAGAUUCAGGAAUUCGAUGACUACGUCCAGUCUACUGACAUCGCUGCCAUGCAGAAGCUGUAAAUUACUUCUAGCAUACGAAGUCACUCAUUGCAUGAUGGAACGAUUUUAGAGACAUGAAACUUUGAUGAUCAUGACGGAAACUGGUUUGCAGGCUGGCAUUUGGGAAAACUUUUGAGAUGCCCAUUGCGUCUCUAGACAUACCCGCCUGAAGAGACAUGCUAUGAGACGAUACCAUCAUCGGCUUUCCGAUUUGACUUGGCAUUGCCGUCGUAAUGUGAUUGUGCUUCAAGUUCCCUCCGCUCAAUAUUCUAGAAUGAAUAUGAUAAAAACUUGGGAAACAGAGUGUUCAAAGUCCCGGGACCCGAGAUAC